UCCCCCCCCCACCCGAGGGCAACGUGGCUGGGGACAUCUUGAUCCUUGGGAUCCGAGGCCCCAUUUCUUGCAUUUGGAGGCCUCUUCGGGCUCCAUAAUGAGCCUUACUCAGCCUGGAGUAAUUAGGAAUUCCAAGCAGGCUGCUCUUCAGCGGUGUGCACUCGUCCCCUCUCGUUCCUGAGAAGCAGUUGAGAGUUCAGGCGCUGCCUGCUUUGGUGAGCAAGGGCGUGAAGGAGGCCGGCACCAGCACUGCCCACAGCAAGCUUCCCCCAUCUUCAGCCCCGAGGCGUUGACCAGCCUGCGGCCUGCCCUGUUUACGGUCCCUACCAGUUGAGUGGUAACAGUUGGCCUCUUGACUACUUUGUCCACAGUGUCUCCUGCAUGUCCUGCUGCCCUGAGCUGUGCCGAGCUAGGUGACAGCGUGUCACGCUGCCACAAUGAAUGAGGUAUCUGUCAUCAAAGAAGGUUGGCUCCACAAGCGAGGCGAAUACAUCAAGACCUGGAGGCCCCGGUACUUCCUUUUGAAGAGUGAUGGCUCCUUCAUUGGGUAUAAGGAGAGGCCCGAGGCUCCUGACCAGACUUUACCCCCCCUAAACAAUUUCUCUGUCGCAGAAUGCCAGCUGAUGAAGACCGAGAGGCCACGGCCCAACACCUUCGUCAUACGCUGCCUGCAGUGGACCACUGUCAUCGAAAGGACCUUCCACGUAGACUCUCCAGAGGAGAGGGAGGAAUGGAUGCAGGCCAUCCAGAUGGUUGCCAACAGCCUGAAGCAGCGGGGCCCAGGUGAGGACCUCAUGGACUACAAGUGUGGCUCCCCCAGCGACCCCACUGCAUCUGAGGAGAUGGAAGUGGCCGUCAGCAAGGCACGGGCCAAAGUAACCAUGAACGACUUUGACUAUCUCAAACUUCUGGGCAAGGGCACCUUUGGUAAAGUCAUUCUCGUGCGGGAGAAGGCCACAGGCCGGUACUAUGCCAUGAAGAUCCUGCGGAAGGAGGUCAUCAUUGCCAAGGAUGAAGUUGCCCACACGGUCACUGAGAGCCGGGUCCUUCAGAACACCAGGCAUCCCUUCCUCACUGCCCUGAAGUAUGCCUUCCAGACUCACGACCGCCUGUGCUUUGUGAUGGAAUAUGCCAACGGGGGUGAGCUGUUCUUCCACCUGUCCCGGGAACGAGUCUUCACAGAGGAUCGAGCACGCUUUUAUGGCGCAGAGAUUGUCUCGGCUCUUGAGUAUCUGCACUCAAGGGAUGUGGUGUACCGUGACAUCAAGUUGGAAAACCUCAUGCUGGACAAAGAUGGACACAUCAAGAUCACUGACUUUGGCCUGUGCAAAGAGGGCAUCAGUGACGGGGCAACGAUGAAAACCUUCUGUGGGACCCCGGAGUACCUGGCACCCGAGGUGCUGGAGGACAAUGACUACGGCCGUGCCGUGGACUGGUGGGGGCUGGGCGUCGUCAUGUAUGAGAUGAUGUGUGGCCGCCUGCCCUUCUACAAUCAGGAUCACGAGCGCCUCUUUGAGCUCAUCCUCAUGGAGGAGAUACGCUUCCCAAGGACACUUGGGCCUGAGGCUAAGUCCCUGCUGGCUGGCCUGCUGAAGAAGGACCCUAAACAGAGGCUCGGUGGGGGGCCCAGUGACGCUAAGGAGGUCAUGGAGCACAGGUUCUUUGUCAGCAUCGACUGGCAGGAUGUGGUGCACAAGAAGCUCUUGCCACCCUUCAAACCUCAGGUCACUUCAGAGGUGGACACCAGGUACUUUGAUGAUGAGUUCACCGCCCAGUCCAUCACAAUCACACCCCCGGACCGCUAUGACAGCCUGGGCUCGUUGGAGCUAGACCAGCGGACACACUUUCCCCAGUUCUCUUACUCAGCCAGCAUCCGCGAGUGAGAGCGAGCAGCCUGCCAUGUUGCCACCCCACAGGACAUGUGCACAGCUGCGUCCACUGUUUAGGUGGCUUUUAAGAAAAACUUUAUUUUGCCUCUUUGGUUUGUAUUCUCCUCCCACUCCUACCCUCAUCCAGUUCCAGUUUCUCCUUCAGUCCUUGCCCAGGCUCACUCACAGGUCCCUGCGGCCGUGCCUCCAAUCUCCCGCUAUGUCAGGACAGGUUCUUGGGAGAGGGGAGAUUCAGGUUGUAAUCCCUGCCAGCACCCUGGAGGGGGAAGUGUGGAGCCGCAGGGUGCCCGGGAUCCAUGGACAGGGUGCCCUGGUGGUACUCCUGCAGCACUGCUUCCAGACAGGGCUGUGGAUGGAGACCUCCAGAAAGACAGUGUUCCAGCCGCCCUGUGUCCUGUCACCUGGGUGCUCAGAGCCUGGCAGGGGACAGUCCAUCUGCCACCACCCCACUGGGGCAGAAAAGCAAUAAUGUCCAAGGACAGGCCAUGGGAUCUAGGUUAGGGUCCUUCACAAAGGAGCCAGAUCCUUGAAUCCACGUGGAGCCAGGGCAGAGGCCCCCCUGGCCCUGCCUCCCUCUUCCCUGCAAGCUGCUGUCCUGACUCUGGGUGGGGCGUGAGGAACAUUUGAGGCCAGCCCUUCCGCUCAGCUCUGUGCCUUCCCUGGGCUUCCUUCCAGCCUGCCUUACCUCCCGCUGGGCCCUUGCAGGGUGAGGGCAGAUAGGGCUUUAGCCUCCCUCAGCUGUUACUCAUCUUGCGCCGAGACAGUAUUGGGUCCAGUGGAUCGGCUGGGCUCUGGGGGUGGGGAUGGGUGCUCUAACCCUAACCCCCCACCCUGGUCUCCAAGGCCCCUUCUCUGGAGCCUGAGGUGAUCAGGAUAGAGAGGCCACAUCAGUGCUGUGGGCCCCAAGAGUGCCUUGCACUGUCAGGAGCGGCCCGAGCUGGUACACAAGCUCGUGGCCACACUAGUGUGAGUAAGCUCCGGCCCAAGCCCUGGCCCGAGCGUUUGAUCCGUGGGCGCAGCGGGUACAGGGUGUCCACCCGCUGCUCUGCCCAUGUCUCCUCUUCCCUUCUCCCCAACACCUCUGGGUGUUUGAAAUUUAGUUUUUAUGGUUUUGAUCUCUCACUCCACCUCCAGGACUAGGCAGUUCACAGGCAGUGGGGUGGGGUGGAGUGAUUUGGGGGUGUCUUUUUUUCCUUCUUACGUGUGUAUGUUUAUCUGACAGUUCUCCUUCAUCCCCACUGACCUUUCCUCCUCCUCCUCGUAUUUGUACGGUACAAGCAAUAAAGACACUCGUUUCAGGUGA